AUGGCCGAUAUCAGAUCGAUGCUCCGAAAUGAGCUCGCCUCCCGAGGAUCCUCUGCGCAAUCUGGAAGCACUGGAAGGGUCACAAAAAAGCGCAAGAUCGAAGAACCUGAUACUAUUCAGCCCGCCCACAAAAAAUCUCGGCCUACAACACCGUCCUAUACCAAAGACGACGACGACGAACGCCUCGUUUCAGUGAACUCUGAUCAGGAAGUAGCAGAGGAAGAUGAAGGAGAAGUUUCGCAAGGCGAGGAGGCAGGACCUCAUCUUCUCGACGAUGAACUCUCACAGCAACAAACGCCGACAAUAUCCAACGCAGCACAAAUAUCCAUUUCCGAGCAGAAUAUCGACGAAAAUGAAUGGGCAGCUUUUGAACGAGAAGUUGUCGCGCCUACGCGCGCCGCGCCAGCGCCAGCGGCUGUCGCAGCAGCAUCAUCGGCAGCUACAAUCUCAGCAGCACCCGUAACCGCCGACGAGCUCGCUGCUCAACAACAAAAGCAAAAAGAAGAGCAAGCCAGGGUACGCGAAGAAGAUAUUGAAGGAGAAAAAGAAGACGCAGCCCGACAUUUGGAGGAAGAGUUUGAGGAAAUGGAACAAUUGGAAGAGCGGGUGAAAAGGUUAAAAGCGAAAAGAGAAGAGCUAAGAGCACAGAAUGUAGUGGAUAGUAAUGGUGUAGGGGUUGAUGCUCAAGAAACUUCGCUGCAGGACGGCGAAGGAAGUGAGGAUGAGGAUGAUGAUGAGGAUUGGGACGAUUGGAGAUUUCGGUAG